CUUUCAUAAGCAUCGCCUACUGUUACCGAGGAAGUUCCUGCAAUCCAACUUAUAGAAUCACCCGUAACAAACUAGUGAAAAUGGAUGAAAGAAGCAUGAAUUUUGAUACAGAAACAACCAUGUCAAAGAGUAGCAGCAGGAAAGGCAUUUUAUCCGUGAUUGAAAAGAAUUUGGAAAUUACUAAUUGGAAAGUUCAGUUAUUUAAGCAUACUGUUUUACUUGCUUGCUUAAUAGGGUUUUCAAUUCAAGUUUAUGAAUUUAGCAAAAUUUAUUAUUCUUAUCCAACUAGAAUAGACUUCGCAGUAACGGAACCUAGUGAUUUCAUCUGGCCAGCUCUUACUGUUUGUAACGGUGAUCCAGUUAGACGCGGAGAAUUUUGUUAUGAGCGUCCCGAAGAUUGUGAGACUCCAGAUAAUCUGAAGGAAUUUUGCCAAUCGAAGUCGUUCUAUAGAUGUCAAGAAAAUGAUUAUUUCUUGAUGCCUAAACAGAACAACUAUACCUAUGAGGAAGUGAUGAAAUAUGGUUAUCCGUCUCCUUUUGAUACAGAGAGACCAGAACACGAAUCCGGACCAUAUUACUUCGAAGAUCCAAAUACUCGGGAAAUUUUGACCUGUUUCGGAUAUAAUGUGCAUCCGGAAGACACAAUGGACUUGGAUCCAGUGGUUUACGAUAGAAGUCCAUUUGAAGGUCCGACUGCUUAUCAUAUGAUAUACCUUCAGUUUCAUGUGAAAGAUGUAUCUAGAGUUGAUCGUCCUCACAUCUUCUUUUCUAUACAUUCUCCGCUAGAAUACGUAAAUCCUGCCGUUAGUAGAGAUUUAUUUCUUCCUUACCACCAUUACACAUUAAUUAUCUCUACAGAAGAAGAGCACAGACUUCCCCCACCUUAUGAUACUGAAUGCGUGGAUUAUGAAGGGAAUUGGCUAAAACAUAACAGAACUGGGCCCCGAUCUCAGCAGAUAUGCCGUGACAGAUGCCGUUCCAGAUUAUCCCUGCAGUGCCAUAACUGUGUUCAUCCUGUAAUUACUGUUCCAGAAAAUCGAACAAUAUGCCCAUAUAUAGAUCAAUAUUAUGACUGCACUGAUGAACGAUUUAUGCCAGAAUUCAACCAAUGCUACUCAAGCUGCAAGCCUGCUUGUCGAGAUGUGAAGUAUAAUUAUAAACUUUUGGAUGUACCGUUUCCAAAUGAAUCGGAUGUAUCACUUAUUGAGAUCCGUUUCCCAAAGAGAGAAAUUUUAGUUAUGUCACAUAAAAAGAAAUAUGAGGGGGUGGAAUUAUUUAGCAACAUCGGUGGCUUCAUGGGCUGUUGGAUUGGAUUCUCUAUUUGUUCCAUACUUUCUCUUUUCGCUUAUAUAUUUCAUAUUGCUAGAGAUGCUAUUUUUUGCAAAGGAUGUUCUUCAACGAAGAAACCAAAUAUGUCGCAAGUUUAAGAAAGUUCGCUUUAUAUUGUCUUUUAAAUGUCAGCUAUUCAUAUAAAUAUCUUGCGUAGAAAAUGAAACCUUUGUGAACUGCUUUUGAAUGAACUUGCAAUACCAAAAGAUAAUGUUUAAUCAUAUUUAAAUGGUUAGAAGUUGGAAAACAACAAGCCAGUUAUGUAUGAGGAUGUAAUCAAUAGGAACUAAGUCUGGAAAUGCUGAACGCUAACAUGCCAUAUCGAUGCAGAUAUAAUAACACGCUGUUUACAAAAGCAAAAUGCUACUUUCUGUUAUCGUAUUAAACAUUAGCUCAUAGGACAGCUUUCAGGAAUGGAUGUACCUUAGUUCUGCGACUAAAUACGUAUAAUAUUGAACGUCAAUAUACUCGGAGAAAAAACUAAACGAAUUUAUUUAAAUGAUAUUGCAUCACAGAUGUGCCAAUAGGACGUUUUGUAUUGAAGGCUUCUUGAAGUUGUCUUCAGAUCAAUUUCUAGCUGUCACAGGUCCUGACACAAAAGCGAAACUCCUCGCUGAAAACAUAACCCUCCAUUCUAGCCAACAUUGCCACCUAAAAGAUACACCAUCAUAACUAUCAGAAUCCUGGAGCACUUCAGUGUGAUAAUUUGUAUAGAUUAUGCUGCAUUUCAGAGCUUAGAAUAUGUCAUGAUGUCCAAAAAUCAGAGAUAGAGACUCACUAAGUGAUUUCCCUGUGUCACUAUGUUACUCUGUGUCUGAUCACUUAAGCAGAAGUUCAUCCGUAACCACCGUUUGCUUGAUUUAGUCAUAUUUUGACUAAAAUGUCUGAUGAUUUGCCGCCGUGCUAAACAAACACUUUGUAAACUCAAAUAGCUUUUCUUCUCCUCUAAGCUAUCUCUCUCAGCUUGCGAGAGGUAACGGUAGGAGAUUCGUGGAACGAAAUCGAGGCAUCGCAUUAUCAAUGCAUGAGAAUUAAUAUGAUUUCUGAAGUUUCGUAUAGAGAGAAAUAUUUGCAAUAGAUCAGGCUUUUAUACAAUUUAAGUCUCCCUCACUUUUGCUGAUAGAAGCUCAAAGUUACAAAAUUCGAUAUUUUGCUUCUCUUAGCUACAGUUAUAUCCCCUCUCUCAAAUUUGCUUGAAUUUACUGCUUUUUAUUCUUGGUAUUGCAAUUUCAGUUUGGAGAAAUGUAUGCUAUUUUAUUAGAAAUUGAAAAAAAUCUGUAUUAAGCUAUAUCUCUUCAAUGGAUUAUAUUCA